AUGGCUGCAAACAAUCCCUGUAUCUUAAGCUAUUACGACAGCAUAAUUAGGGAAGAUGAUCUUCAAAUCUUAAAUGGCAUUGGCUGGAUAAGUGACCGAAUAAUCGGUUUUGUAUUGGAGUACUUUGAGCGAGAAUUAUUCGCUAGCUUACAUGACGUGGUAGCAUUCGUCCAACCUGAAAUUAGUCAAUUUAUUAAGCUUUGUGACGCUACCGUCCUCGAUAGCGAAUUUGUGUUGGAUAGCUUAAAUUUAUCCAAAAAAGAGCUAAUCUUUCUGCCGGUUAACGACCAUAAUAAAGUAACUGAAGCUGGAGGAUCACAUUGGACACUACUCAUCUAUAUUAGGCCCAGUAAUUGCUAUUUGCAUAUGGAUUCUCUUUGCACAUCUUCAAAUCUUCAGUCAGCUAAAAUAACUGCCUAUAAACUUGAUCAAGUGCUGAAAUAUUCAUCAAAUACCAACUUUACUGAAAUUAAGAAUGGGCCUAGACAAGUUAAUGGUUAUGAUUGUGGGAUGUAUGUUAUAUGUGAAAUUGAAAGCAUCUGCAAAAAGUAUAAGAGCGAAAACGAUAUUGGAUCUAUUACGGAUCAAUUUGGCAUUAUCUGCAGAUCCUUGACCCCUGAAAUGAUCCACCAGAAAAGAUUAGAACUGAGUUCUCUAAUUAUAUCAUUAAGAUUAAAAUCUGCUUAG